AUGUACAGCUCUAGGAGUUUGGCACCUGAAGAGCCAGAGAACCAGCAGCAAUUGGUGCUGAAGCGGAUAGAGCAAAACUCGGAUAAUAGCAAGACUGUUUCCGGCUCAAAUAAAUUCGGAGGCAAUGGGUCUUUGGUUCAGAAGGUGCCGAGGACAACCAGUCUGCUGGCCCCGGUAAUCCAGCUAUCCGGUCAUUCAGGUGAAAUAUUCUGUGCCAAAUUUGAUUACACCGGGAGUCAUAUUGCAUCUGGAUCUAUGGAUCGAUCUAUCAUGUUAUGGAAAACUUUUGGGAACUGCGAGAACUAUGGUACAUUAAAUGGCCACAAGGGUGCAAUAUUAGAUUUGCAGUGGUCUAGAGACUCUAGAUCGCUAUUUUCUGCGUCUGCAGACAUGUAUCUUGCAGGCUGGGAUUUGGAAACAGGGAAUAGAAUUCGUCGAUACGCUGGACACGAAGAACUUGUUAACAGUAUAGAUCUCAGCAGAAGGGGUGAAGAACUUAUCAUCAGUGGCUCAGAUGAUGGAUUUAUAGGAAUCUGGGAUUCCAGAUCUAAAACCGCUGUGGCAUUUAUUGAGACAGAAUUUCCAGUAACAGCUGUUGCCUUGGCUGAGGCUGGAAAUGAAUUAUACUCAGGGGGCAUUGAUAAUGAUAUAAGAGUCUGGGAUAUGAGGAGGAGGGAAUCGGUUUACUCAAUGUUAGGACAUUCAGACACCAUCUCAUCGUUACGUAUUUCACCAGACUCACAAAAGCUUCUCUCAAACUCUAUGGAUUCAACAGUGCGCACAUGGGAUAUUAGACCAUUUGCUCCAACCGAGCGUCAUAUCCGAACAUUUGACGGUGCUCCAUCUAGAAUGGAAAAAAACCUCAUCAAAGCUAGUUGGAAUCAUGACGGAAAGAGAAUUGCGGCUGGCGCUGGUGACGGGACAGUCGUUAUUUGGAAUAGCGAGACUGGAAAAAUGCAGUACAAGCUUCCCGGGCAUAAAGGUGUGGUGAACUGUGCAGAAAUUUCACCUACCUCAGAACCAAUCAUCGUUUCUGGCUCUUCAGAUCGUACUCUAAUAUUAGGUGAAUUAAAAUAA